UAAUGCUCAACCUGGCAGCUUCAAAUUGAUAAUAAUAUUCUGACUGAAAUACUCUACGGGUUUUCACAUUAUAUUAUAUAUACCUAUGAAGCUGCAGAACUCUUUCAAUAAUUUAAUUUUCUGAAUCUUCCCUUCUAGCCUAUUCCGCAGAGUCCGCCGGCGCAAAACAGAGACCCAAGAGAGCUACGGCGCCAUGUCUUCGAUGCACCUUUCGCAGUUUCGGAGAUGGUUUCUCUCGUCUCCACCGGCAGAGUGGAUCAUCCAGCAGCUGAGGGAACUGCUCAUCGGUGCUUUGCGGCAAGGCCCAAUACCUCAGCAUGUGGCUUUUGUCAUGGACGGAAACCGACGGUUCGCGCGGACUCGACAAAUCGAGACUGUAGAGGGACAUAACCUAGGAUUUGAGGCGUUGGCAAGGGUCCUCGAAGUCUGCUACAAAUCCGGAGUCAAAGUCAUCACCAUCUACGCCUUUAGUAUAGAAAACUUCAAACGGUCCAAAUACGAAGUCGAUGCGCUCAUGGAAAUGGCAAAAGUGAAAUUAUCGCAAUUGGCACAACACGGAGAACUUCUCGACCGUUACGGAGCACGCAUCCGGAUCCUCGGCCAACGGGAUCUCCUUAAACCCGACGUUCUCGAAGCCAUGGAUAAUGCGGCCAAAAUGACAAGUGGGAAUCGACACGCCAUCCUCAAUGUCUGCUUCCCAUACACCUCUCGAGACGAAAUCACAACCGCCAUCCGCGAGACCGUCAUCGACUACUCCAAGCCUCUACAGGCUUACCAGCGCCCGUUUUCCGAAACGCACAUCAGACAAAACAUUCGAGCGCGACACUUGCACGACCAGUCAUCAUCGUCAAAAGACCAUCAUCAUCAUCACACAUCCGAAGUUGCAGCAGGAGCAGCCGAAGCACAGACCUCUGACGCAGAGGGCUCCACGUCCUCGUCAAAUACUCUGAACCCAGACUCCGCGCAUGAGCAAGGUCUGCGGGACGAGACUGCCUACGCGGACCCCGAAACGAUCACGUCCGAGACACUCGACGACCACAUGUUCACGGCGGGCAACCCGCCAUUAGAUUUACUCGUUCGCACCUCUGGCGUUGAGCGACUGAGCGACUUCAUGCUCUGGCAAUGCCACGAGAAUACACAUCUCGCCUUUCUGGACUGUCUGUGGCCGGAAUUCGAUCUGUGGACAUUCCUCCCGGUCCUGAUCGAGUGGCAGUGGAAGCAGAAACGGCUGGAACAGAGAAAGCAAAUAAAAGUUUCACAUACUCCGCCAGCUCAUCAGGCAGUCUCGUCUCCACCUCUCAAAGCACGAUAAAAAUGUUGCAUAGCGUCUUUAUUUCCUUUCCUCCCCCCCCCC